UCGAUUGGCUCGUUGAGGUUGAAGGAAAUCCGGUCAAUAUUGCAAAAAUAAUAGUGACGCUGAGGUCGGGGUUUAAAGGUGUAAAUGUCGGUUUUCGGUAACACGAACGCACGAAACUAAACCAGUUUAUUUUCAGAUGGCUCGUGAGAGAGGUCAUACAUCAGCCUGCGAAUAACCGCUAACAUCUGAGGAGUGUUUUAUUUCGCCACCCACUCCGGAAAACUCCGCCGAGCCGUCGUUAUUUUCAUUGUAUAAAGGUGACGUGGAGUCGGAUACACUACCCCAUGUGUUAAUAAAAGUCCUUGUCGUACCCGGAUAUGAACGCAAUGAAUGUACGUUAAUACACUGGGACAUUGUAUCGAGGAUUUUCAAGAUGGUUAGCUGCAAAGCCUUACAUUGAGCUCCAGUGUCGGCGCAUACCGGAGCAGAGAGGAGACUGUCGGGGCCUGGAGUCUGAGGAAUCCAGCGGACAGACAGGUUUUGUUGGAUCUGCAGCAUCGGGACUGAAGCGACGUAGCAGUGGUACCGCAGGCGUUAUGCAGUGUGGAACAGGACACCUGCCAGGUGGCUGCCAGAGGACGAUGGGCCUGCACUGCGUCUUGAUCCUGUGCUUGUUCUCAGGCUGGGCAGCGGGCUACAAGCAGGGGGACAAUGUGACUCUCUAUGUCAACAAAGUGGGCCCUUAUCAUAACCCCCAGGAGACGUAUCACUACUACACGCUGCCUGUUUGCAGGCCGGAGAAGGUGCAUCACAAGUCCCUGACUCUGGGAGAAGUGUUGGACGGUGACAGGAUGGCUGAGUCAUUAUAUCACAUCCGUUUCAAAGAGAACGUGGAGAAAAAAAUCCUUUGUCAACUCACUCUUACAGAGAAACAGGUGGACGAGCUUCGUGAGGCCAUCGAGGAGCUGUUCUACUUUGAAUUUGUCCUGGAUGACAUUCCAAUCUGGGGGUUUGUGGGAUACAUUGAGGAGAGCGGCUUCCUGCCUCACAGCCACAAGGUGGGUUUGUGGACUCAUCUAGACUUCAAUAUCGAGUACAACGGCGACUCUGUGAUCUUUGCUAAUGUCUCCGUAAAAGACGUCAAACCCGUUCACCUGGAGGAGGGGGCGGGUGCAGCAGUUGGUGGAGUCGGGGUGGGUGGAGGCAGCCUGACGGUCACCCACACCUACAGCGUGCACUGGUUCGAGUCCCCUCUGCCUUACUCCCGCAGAGCCGAGCGCCUCCGAGACUACUCGUUCUUCCCUAAGACUCUGGAGAUCCACUGGCUGUCCAUCAUCAACUCGCUGGUGCUGGUGGUGCUGCUGCUCGGCUUCGUCAUCAUCAUCCUCAUGCGGGUCCUUAAGAAUGAUUUUGCCAGGUACAAUGUGGAGGAGGAGGGCGGCUGCGAUGAUCUGGACCAGGGAGACAAUGGCUGGAAGAUCAUACACACUGAUGUCUUCAGGUUUCCCCCUUACAAAAGCCUGCUGUGUGCCGUGCUGGGAGUGGGGGCUCAGUUCCUUACCCUUGCCACAGGAAUCAUUGUCAUGGCAUUGCUGGGAAUGUUCAACGUGCACCGCCACGGCGCCAUCAACUCUGCAGCUAUCGUCCUGUAUGCUCUGACCAGCUGCGUGUCAGGCUACGUGUCCUGCAGCUUCUACACGCAGAUCAACGGCCAGCGCUGGGUGUGGAACAUCAUCCUCACAUCGUCGCUCUUCUCCGCUCCUCUGUUCCUGACAUGGAGUGUUGUGAACUCGAUCCACUGGUGGAGCGGCUCCACCCAGGCUCUUCCGGCCACCACUGUGCUCCUCAUCCUGGGCGCCUGGGUGCUGGUGGGCUUCCCGCUCACGGUCAUCGGGGGCAUCGUGGGAAAGAACCGAGCCGGCAGCUUCCAGGCGCCCUGCCGCACUCGCAACAUCCCCCGGCAGAUCCCCGCACAGCCCUGGUACAAACACGCGGCCGUGCACAUGGCCAUCGGCGGCUUCCUGCCCUUCAGUGCCAUCUCCGUGGAGCUGUACUACAUCUUUGCCACUGUUUGGGGCAGAGAGCAUUACACUCUCUACGGCAUCCUGCUGUGCGUCUUUGCCAUUCUCCUCUCUGUGGGCGCCUGCAUCUCUGUGGCGCUCACCUACUUCCUGCUGUCUGGCGAGGACUAUCGAUGGUGGUGGCGGAGCGUGCUCAGCACCGGCUCCACCGGGCUCUUCAUCUUCGUCUACUCUGUUUUCUACUACCGGAAUCGAUCUUCCAUGAGCGGCCUGGUGCAGAGCACGGAGUUCUUCGGCUACUCUCUGCUCACGGCGAUGGUCUUCUCGCUGAUGCUGGGCAGCGUGUCGUUCUGGGCCUCGCUGACUUUUAUUCGCUACAUCUACCGUAGCCUCAAGAUGGACUAGACGUGAAAUAUGCAGUUAGACACACAGCUGUAAACACUCAUUUCCUCAUAGCACACAUGGACGGUCCUCAUUCUCCUCUUGCUUUCAUACACAUCACACACACACACACACACACACCUCCUAUGGGGUCAAUGGGAGGAGAAACUGGGGCCUUUACCUUGAUUUGACAGCGACUGAACUAGCUGUCACGGUUGGAAUAAGGGAUAACCGGCUGGCUGGAUGAUCUUGUAUUUUAGGAUAAAAUGGGAUAUUUCUGUACAGAGGGAUGAUUGUAUCCUAUCAGGAGUGAAUGGGUAAAAUGUAUGAAAUGUGUGACUGAAUGGAUUUAAUCUUUGAUGCAGUGUGGCAUCAUCUGCUCUGGUUUCCUACUUCAUGGCCGGUCGAGGCUUGGCAGGAUCUGCACUCUUUAUUCCUCUGGUUAGCUGACUAGUUUUGAUUGUGCAGCUGUUUACUACUUACAGUUACACCCCCCCCACACACACACACCUUAAAAUAUAAAAAUACAUUUCUCAGUGGCCCUGUCAGGCUCAACAUGGCUCUGCAGUGGAUGAGAGGGAUGAUGCCUUGUCGAUUGAAGAGCUUUUGCUAAAUGUUGGUGAUGGGAGCAAUAUUGUCAUUUUAUUCUGUGGUCACCAUUGACUGUGAUUUUGGUUCUGAUGUAAAUAGUCUUUUCAAUAAAUACUUUUUAAUACAAUAUUGGCAUUAAACAA